CCUUUGGAGGUUUUCUUGAGCCGCAAAAAUCAGGAAAAACAGACAUGUCUGUUGUCGCCUUGAGUUUCAUGUUUUGGUCAACGAUUUGGGCAGAUUCACUUUUUUUUCUCGCUAGUUUGAACUGUAAAACUGCUCGUCUGCACGCACUCUGACGUGCUGAUGUUAGUUUUUUUGUUUUUUUGAAAGGAGUUUGUCGUGUUUGUUGAGGAGAAGCUAACGUUGAUACUCGUUAGGCUAUCUUAGCUCGGACGUUACUGUAUCCACAGCAAAACGUCAAAACAACGUCAGUUCACAUGAGUUAGAGAAAGUUUCACCCAUGGAGAUCACUCCUAAAGCGGGUAAAGUAAAAAGAGAGUAUUCUUCACCUUGUGAUUCAGUGGAGUCAAGCCCCUGUGAAUUCAAAGAGGGAAAGCAUCAUCAGCAGCUGAGUUCUUCUCUAAAGGAGAGGCUGAAGAGAUCAAGACGCUCCUUCACCUCGCCCCUUUCUGUGGCCAAACGCCUUUGUGUUGAUGAUGAUGAUGAUGAUGGCCAACAAGUUUCGGCAGAUUCCCGUCAGAUGGUUAAUAAUCCUCCGCUGAUCAUCCCCAGUGUAGAUGUAAACAGAAAUGAGGCGAGAACAGGGAGUGAAAGGUUUUCUGGAACCAUUCCCAAACCAACACAUCCUCCUUCAAAAGACUUUGCUCAACAACGAGACCAACUGAAGAAGGAGGUUAAAGACAAGAUGGAGACCGUGCGGAGGCUCAAGAUGGUUCAAAUGUACAGAGGCAAGAAUGAUUUGACACAGCUCCAAACAUUGAUCGACAAGUGGCGGAGUUGUGCUCAGUCUGCGCUGUAUGAGCUCCAGUCAGAAGUCCCAAUAGAUGGAAGAAAGGCCAGCCUGUCCGAGCUUAUUGAUCUCUUUGGUCUGGAUGAUGGCAUUCUGCACUUUGACCGCACGGAGGAAGACUUUACUACCCGAUAAAUUCACUUUAAAACACAAGGGAUGUUUAAGUUUAUAAAAAGUUUAAUCAGUUUUAUUUGAUGCUGCUGCUCUGUUUUUGUUCACAGCUUGAGUUGUACAUUUCAUGUAAAGUAAAGUGUAAAUAAAACCUUGUUAACUGUUAAAAAUA